AUGGGGUCUGACAAGCAGCCUGUCGGUUUGCUAGAUACUCUAAAUAUGGAGGCAGUUCGGACAAUUUUCACUCACACGUAUCCCUAUCCCCACCAACAUUCAAGGCAUGCUGUUAUUGCUGUCUUCGUGGGCUGCCUGUUUUUCAUAUCAUCUGACAAUAUGCACACUCUUAUUCAGAAGUUAGACAGCAAUGUUAAAUGGUGGUCCAUGUAUGCCUGUUUGCUCGGUUUCUUCUAUUUCUUUUCAUCUCCAUUUAUAGGGAAAACAAUAAAACCAAGCUAUUCAAAUUUCAGCCGCUGGUACAUAGCAUGGAUAUUAGUGGCUGCUCUCUACCAUCUUCCCAGCUUCCAAUCUAUGGGAGUAGAUAUGAGGAUGAACCUCUCUUUGUUUUUGACAAUUUUUGUCUCUUCCAUUUUAUUUCUUCUCUUUUUCCAUGUUAUAUUUUUGUGCCUCUGGUAUGUUGGCCUUGUUGCUCGUGUGGCUGGAAAGAGACCGGAACUUCUAGCAAUUCUUCAAAAUUGUGCUGUUAUAAGUGUAGCCUGUUGUGUAUUUUAUAGCCACUGUGGCAACCGUGCUAUUAUGAAAGAAAAGGCAUUUGACCGGAGAAACUUGGGCUGGUUUACACUGUGGAACAAGGGAGAACGUGACUCAUGGCUUGCAGACUUUGUUCGCAUGAGUGAGUUGAAAGAUCAAGUUUGCUCGUCUUGGUUCGCUCCUGUUGGGUCUGCUAGUGAUUAUCCAUUUUUGUCCAAAUGGGUCAUUUAUGGAGAAUUGACUUGUAGCGGCUCGUGUGCAGAAUCUCCAGAUGAAAUUUCUCCCAUAUAUUCCUUAUGGGCCACUUUUAUAGGACUCUACAUUGCGAAUUACGUUGUGGGAAGAUCAACGGGGUGGGCUCUCACUCACCCUGUGUCACAAAAAGAAUUUGUGAAAUUGAAGAAAAAGCAAAUGAAGCCGGAAUUUUUGGAUAUGACAGUUUUUGACCUACUGGUAUCUGUAACUGUAUUUGUUGGACGUUUUGAUAUGCGUAUGAUGCAGGCAGCAAUGAGCAGAGUUGAAGAUGGAGUUAAACAUGAGGAUCUUUUGUACGAUCAAUUUAGUGAAAAAGAUGAAUUGUGGUUUGAUUUUAUGGCUGAUACUGGUGAUGGUGGAAAUUCUUCUUAUAGUGUGGCACGGCUUCUUGCUCAGCCUUCAAUUAGGGUCCGAUGUAGUGAUUCACUACUUACACUGCCACGUGGUAACCUGCUCCUUAUUGGGGGUGAUCUUGCGUAUCCUAAUCCAUCAGCUUAUACAUAUGAGAGGCGACUUUUUCGUCCAUUUGAAUAUGCUCUGCAGCCUCCAUUCUAUUACAAAGACGAGCACAUAGCUGUGAACAAGCCAGAAUUACCUUGUGGGGUGGCAGAUCUAAAGCAAUAUGAUGGACCACAGUGUUUUGUUAUCCCAGGAAACCAUGAUUGGUUUGAUGGGCUUCAGACUUUUAUGAGGUGCAUUUGUCACAAGAGCUGGUUGGGUGGGUGGUUUAUGCCGCAAAAGAAAAGCUAUUUUGCCCUUAAGCUUCCAAAAGGAUGGUGGCUGUUUGGUCUUGAUCUUGCUCUGCAUUGUGAUAUUGAUGUCUACCAAUUCAAGUUCUUCUCACAAUUAAUAAAGGAAAAGGUUGGAGACAAUGAUUCUGUGAUCAUUAUGACGCAUGAACCUAACUGGCUUCUUGAUUGGUACUGGAAUGAUGUGACUGGGAGAAAUGUUUCGCACUUGAUACGUGACUAUUUAAGAGGGAGGUGUAAACUUCGAAUGGCUGGGGACUUGCAUCAUUACAUGCGCCAUUCAUAUGUUCCAUCAGAUAAGCCUGUUGAUGUGCAACACUUGCUUGUUAAUGGUUGUGGUGGCGCUUUUUUGCACCCGACUCACGUCUUUAGCAAUUUCAACAAUUUUUAUGGCGCAUCUUACGAAAGAAAAGCUUCUUAUCCUUCUUUUGAAGACUCGAGCAGGAUUGCUCUGGGAAAUAUAUUGAAAUUCAGGAAGAAAAAUUGGCAGUUUGAUUUCAUUGGUGGCAUUAUAUAUUUUAUGUUGGCAUUUUCAAUGUUCCCUCAGUGUAAGCUAGAUCACAUCUUGGAGGAUGACACAUUUUCUCAUCAGUUGAAGAGCUUCUUUGUUUCUCGGAAAAGGAGGGUUAUAAUUGGGAUUCUUCAUGUUUCUGCACACUUGGCUGCUUCCAUGAUUCUCAUGUUGCUUUUGGAAUUGGGAGUUGAGACAUGUAUCAGGCAUAAAUUGUUAGCAACUUCAGGAUAUCAUACUUUAUAUGAAUGGUACCAGUCAGUGGAGAGCGAUCAUUUUCCUGACCCAACCGGCCUUCGAGCACGUAUAGAGCAAUGGACAUUUGGUCUUUAUCCAGCAUGCAUCAAGUAUCUCAUGUCCUCUUUCGAUGUUCCUGAGGUAAUGGCUGUUACCAGGAAUAAUAUCUGCAAGAAUGGGAUGGACUCACUUUCCCGAGGAGGUGCUGUGAUAUAUUAUGCUUCCGUCUUCCUCUAUUUCUGGGUUUUUUCAACUCCUAUUGUGUCACUGGUCUUCGGAAGCUACCUCUAUGUCUGCAUUAAUUGGCUUCAUUUACAUUUUGAUGAGGCAUUUUCAUCACUUCGCAUUGCUAACUACAAGUCAUUCACACGAUUCCAUAUUGACCACAAAGGCGAUCUUGGAGUUUUCACUCUUGCAGUAGAUAAGGUUCCGAAGGAAUGGAAACUGGAUCCGAGUUGGGAAGGGGAAUCGAAACAGGCACAGCACCCUAGCUACCUUAGAAAGUUUCCUAGCAAAUGGCGAUCCGUUUCUUCUCAGCAGGACCCUGUAAGAACUAGCGACCCACAACUUACCUGCAUGAACUCGAUAUGA